AUGAAGCUCAUCGCGAGGUCAAGCAUCUUCCUGACACUUUUUGUGCAUGCAAUUGCUGCCCCCGCGCAUCCGAAGCAGAAGCAAAACUCUUUCAAAUGGCAUUCUACAGAAUCUCUGAUAGCCUUUGGAGAUAGCUACACAUACGUGCAGGGCACUCUCGGCCACCAAAACUACACCUUCAUUGGCGAUGAAUUCAACUUCUCCUUCACGCCCGCACAGCUCUUCUCGAAUCGCAUCGUGCAGAACCUUACGGGAACGGCAGAAGGAGGCCCUAAUUGGGUGGAGUUUUUGACUGGAUGUGGUGUUGAGGAUGGUCUGCAUAAUCCAAAAGAGUGCGAUGUUCAGCUCUGGGAUUUUGCAUAUGCUGGGGCGAAUACUAUCGAGGAAACUGGGUUCACACCCCUUCAUCACAACCAUACUGUCUCUCUGGAACGGCAGAUCGCACAGUUUGCCUCCUACGGCAAUCCAGCUCUCGAGUCAAUUCACUUCAACAAGAACAAAGCGCUCGUAGCGAUAUGGAUCGGCAUCAACGACAUCAAUGACCUCGUAUCAACCCAAGGCAAGAACGCUUCUUUUGCGCCACUCUACGAGAAGAUUCAGGACCGAGUCUUCGAGAACGUGAAGAAGAUCUAUGAGCUUGGCUACAAGAACUUCCUCUUCAUGAAUCUACCGCCUCUUGAUCGUGGGCCAGGCACGCCCAAUGUCAACGCGUCGCUCGUUGCUUCUUUCAACAAGAUCCACGCUACACAUGCCAACGCCUUUCAGUCUAGUCACAAGGACGUGAAGGUGCUUCAGUUUGACGUCAAUAGUGUUUUGAACUACGUUUUGGAUCAUUACCAAGACUACGGGUUCAAGAACGUCACCGACUACUGCCCAGGAUACAAUCAGCCAGAUAUCCUGACAAAUCCAAGCCAAUAUGGAUGCACGGACUUGGAUACGUACUUUUGGUACAAUUCAGGCCACCUGACGAGUCGGACGCAUGAGGUCAUGACAAAAGCCUUGAAACGAUGGUUGGUAAAGCAGUAA